CCCGCGUCAGAUUACUCAGUGCGUGUGCGCGCGUACGAGAGUAGAUUGGGAACACAAGCUCUCCGCUCGCCUCGCUGCUUGUUUGUAGCCGUCCACUUCUUCCCGCGACCAGCAAAGUUGGAGAGCAGAAACAUCCGCAGCUGUCAUCAUGGAGGUGAUUAGAAGAUGUGGACGUGCGUCUUUGGCCUGCACCUUGCUGCUCUGCGCACUGCAACUUUGCCGUGCGUCCGUGAGCGUGAACGUGGCCCCGAAAGUGGAAGUGCUGAAAGACGAGACCGCCAAGCUGCCCUGCACGCACACUGCGCCGCAGUCCUCCAGCAACACCGUGGUGGAGUGGCAGAUCGAGGAGCAGGGAAUCAGGAAGCGAGUAGCUUACCGCACCGUGGGCGGCGAGGCUAAAAGCGAGCAGGGCACCCCACUGAGCGGCCGGGUGAGCAUCGACGAGGACUUUACUCUGACCAUCACGUCGGUCAAACCCUCUGACGAGCUGGUCUUCAUCUGCCUGGUCACCGCCGGACCUGCUGGCGCUGGAGAAGCCUCCACUAAGCUCAAAGUCUUCUUUGCCCCUGAGAAGCCAGACCUCACACGCCCAUCCAGUCAAGCCAUUUCCGUGGGAGAGACCAUCAGCUCCGAGAUCGGUACCUGCGUGUCAAUGAAUGGACACCCCCAGCCGAGGAUCAUCUGGUUCAAAGAUGGCCAGCCGCUACCUGAGGUCAAAGACAGGAAAGAAAAAACCUACAUGAUUCCCUCGGUGGUGAAGGAGGCGUCGGGUCUGUACACCAUCAAGAGCACCUUGUACAUGCAGCCCACUAAGGCCGACAAGGACUCGGUGUUCCAGUGCACGGUGGAGUACAGCAUGCUGGGGGACCAGAACAAACAGACCAAGUCCGACUCCAUCACCAUCAACCUCAACUAUCCCUCGGAAACUGCGACCUUUACCCUCCUCAACACUCAUCCCGUCAAGGAGGGCGAUAACGUCACCAUGAAGUGCGAGACCGACGGGAACCCUCAGCCGGAGUUUGACUUCAGCAAAGAUGGUAAAACCGUGAACGGUGUUGGCGGGCUCCUGGUGUUGAAAUCCGCCAAGCGGACCGACACCGGCGUGUACAAGUGCACGGCCUUCGAUUUCGACAACAUAGAGGCCGACCUCAAGGGAGAGAUCAACCUCAGCGUGCACUACAUUGAUCCCGUGAGUGUGACUCCAGUGGAGCCUCAGGUCGUCAUGCUUGGAGACAAGGUGGAGUGGCAGUGCAAGACCAAGGCCUCUGCCGCGCACACCGUGCAAUGGAAAAAGGGCUCCGAGGUCCUCUCUCAGGAUGGAACUCUCUCGAUACAGGACGUGUCCUACACUGAAGCCGGAGACUACAUGUGUGUCGGAGCCGUGCCGUCAGUGCCGCGACUGACAGCCCAGUCGAGCGUCACCCUCACUGUCAAAGGAAAGCCAAUGAUCGAGGCGCCUAUCGCCGGAGAAGUGUCCAAGGAAGGAGACAUGGUGACCCUCAGGUGCUCGUCCUACGGGUCCCCCGCCCCUCAGUUCACCUGGAAGCCCUCAGGAAAAGAGUCAGUGACGGUGGAAGGCAUCAAGGUGGUGAGCACCGUCAUCCUCCCGGCCACCGCUGACGUCAUGAAUGGCGGCGUGACCUGCGAGGUCGCCAACGAGCACGGAACAGAUAGCAAGGCCUUCGUCGUAUCUCUCAAAAGAGCUUUUGACAACUCCGCCAACAGAGUGCUGCUCUCUGGAAACCCUGUGCUUAAGUCAGCCGACCAGCAGCAGGGCGGUUCCAGCGGGGUGGUGAUAGCCGUGGUGGUGUGUGUGCUCCUGCUUCUGCUGCUCGUGGGCCUCAUCUACUGCCUGAACAAGAAGAGCAAGCUGCCCUGCGGCAAGAAGGACAAGAUGGAAGUGGCCAGUGGAGAAGUGAACAAUGACAUUGUUGUGGAGAUGAAGACCGACAAGGCCAAUGAAGAAGCCGGGCUCCUCAACAAGAGGCCACCCUCGGAACAGUGAUGAAAGAAGACAGACGGACGGGAUGAUUAUCUGGAAGGAGGUGGGGGAACAUGUGCAGCUGGCUUUGAUUCAGGGGACUUCGGGGUGCUUGUUUAAAACCCCUGAAAAGACGCCUUUAGAGAGCACACGUGUGACGUCACUCAUCAUCAACCAAUCACACCUUUGGGGUGACUCCCUGGCAGAGGAAUGCGGUCACACACCUACCAAAAAAAAUAAUAAUAGCAAAAAAAAGCAGUACUUUUUUCUAAUCUACCCCAAACACAAGUUCAGUCUGCUACUACGGUGUGUCCUGCAGGGCUUCUGCCUGGCGAGUCUGCACUUGAAUCAUCUCUUUGGGGACAAAUCAUGGUUUGUUUGUUUUUUCUCACAAAUUUUCAACUCACCACUCUGGGCUUCUGAAAAAUGACUUCUUCGUCAGCCGCGUUCGAUCGCAUCACAAAGUGAAAAUGGACAAAAGUACCGGGUCAGCCGCAGGUAGAUGAUGAAAACUUAACCCUACCCUGCUUUAAAGGCCGUUUUGGGAGUUUUGGGUGGAGUUACUUCACACUAGGGCUGGGCGAUACGGCCUUUUAUUAAUAUCUGGAUAUUUUUAGGCCAUGUCACGAUACACUAUAUAUAUCGCGAUAUUUUGCCUUAGCCUUAAAUGAACACUUGAUGCAUAUAAUCACAGCAGUAUGAUGAUUCUAUGUGUCUACAUUAAAACAUUCUUCAUACUGCAUUAAUAUAUGCUACUUUUAAACUUUCAUGCAGAGAGGGAAAUCACAACUAAGUCAAUUUAGCAAAACUGCAUUUAUUAAACAGUUAUUCAUUUUUUAUUUAGCCUUUAUUUAACCAGGUAAAAAUUAGGGAUGUCCGAUAAUAUGCGUUAAAAUGUAAUAUCGGAAAUUAUCGGUAUCCGUUUUUUUAUUAUCUGUAUCGUUUUGUUUUUUUUUGGUUUUUUUAAAUCAACAUAAAAAACACAAGAUACACUUACAAUUAGUGCACCAACCCAAAAAACCUCCCUCCCCCCAUUUCUUUCUGUUAUCAAUAUUCUGGUUCCUACAUUAUAUAUCAAUACAGUCUGCAAGGGAUACAGUCCGUAAGCACACAUGAUUGUGCGUGCUGCUGCUCCACUAAUAGUACUGACCUUUAACAGUUCAUUUUACUAAUUUUCAUUCAUUACUAGUUUCUAUGUAACUGUUUUUAUAUUGUUUUACUUUCUUUUUUAUUCAAGAAAAUGUUUUUAAUUUAGUUAUCUUAUUUUAUAAUUUUUAAAAGUACCUUAUCUUCACCAUACCUGGUUGUCCAAAUUAGGCAUAAUAAUGUGUUAAUUCCACGACUGCGUAUAUCGGUUGAUAUCGGUAUCGGUUGAUAUCGGUAUCGGUAAUUAAAGAGUUGGACAAUAUCGGAAUAUCGGCAAAAAGCCAUUAUCGGACAUCCCUAGUAAAAAUCCCAUUGAGAUCAAGGAUCUCUUUUCCACGGGAGACCGGGCCAAGAGGGCAGCAGCAAGGUUACAUUAAAAAACAGUAAACAACACAUAAAACAUCACAUUUACAACAUAAAUAAAUUAAGCAGUGGCACAAACAUUCAUGUCAUUUCAAAACAGAAAGUGCAAGAUUGUCAGAGACAUUUUAAAACAAGCUAUUAGUGCACUUUUGUGCAUGAUGUCACUAGUGCAGGGGUCGGCAACCCAAAAUGUUGGACCAAAAAUACAAAAACAAAUCUGUCUGGAGCCGCAACAAAUUAAAAGCCAUAUUACAUACAGAUAGUGUGUCAUGAGAUAUAAAUGUAAUUAAGAGGACUUAAAGGAAACUAAAUGAGCUCAAAUAUAGCUACAAAUGAGUCAUAAUGAUGCAAUAUGUACAUAUAGCUAGCCUAAAUAGCAUGUUAGCAUCGAUUAGCUUGCAGUCAUGCAGUGACCAAAUAUGUCUGAUUAGCACUCCACACAAGUCAAUAACAUCAACAAAACGGAGAAAGUUAUACAUGUUAACAAACUACGGUGAGUUCAAGGACCGCCAAAAUUAGUAGGACAAAACGGCGCUCGCCAAAUACUGGAAUCAGUGAAGCAUGUUUAAUACAAACAGUGUGCUUUAUAACAAUUAGGGAGGUUUGUGUCAUGUUUGUCCUCCUACAGAAACCAUAUUAACACAAAAAAGUCUAAUGCCCGCUGCUAAAAGCAACUGCGUGAGAACGUUUACUCGAAUAUCACGAUGUAGUCAUUUUCUAUAUCGCACAGAGACAAACCCGCGAUAUAUCGAGUAUAUCCCAUACAUCGCCCAGCCCUACUCCACACCAAACUUCCUCCAACAUAGAUUUGUUCAUAAUGGCAUUAGAAAGAUGACAGUUUUUUUUCUAAGACUUUUCUUGGUAGAUGAAUAAAUGGAUGCAGGGGUUUGUCCCAAUACUUUUGUCCAGGCUAUAAUUAUUAUUGUAUGUGGCAAUCCAAAAAAAAAUUAAUUUUUUAACGCAUUUUGGCCCCCGCCCCACAACUUGGGGCACCCACAGUCCAUACCAUUCAUUACCCAGGGCGGCUUAAGGAUGCCAGGGCUAAUAUUAUUGUUAGUUUAAAGUGCUAACCUUUUUUAGCUAAUUUUUUUUCCCCUCUAAUUCCCCAGCCAUACAUCUUACAGUCAUAUAACAUGCUAACUACUAUCAAAACUCACGUUAGCCUGCAAGGAUGCUAAUGUUAGCAUGCUUACUUUUUUAAGAUAAUUUUGCAACCGCUUACCCCACAACCAUACACCUUAAGAGUCAUAUAACAUGCUAACUAUUAUCAAAACUCACGUUAGCUUGCAAGGAUGCUAACGUUAGCAUGCUAACUUUUUUAAGAUAGUUUUGCAACAGCUUACCCCACAGCCAUACACCUUAAGAGUCAUAUAACAUGCUAACUGUUAUCAAAACUCACGUUAGCUUGCAAGGAUGCUAACGUUAGCAUACUAACUUUUUUAAGAUAGUUUUGCAACCGCUUACCCCACAGCCAUACACCUUAGAGUCAUAUAACAUGCUAACUAUUAUCAAAACUCACGUUAGCUUGCAAGGAUGCUAACAUUAGCAUGCUAACUUUUUUAAGAUAGUUUUGCAACCGCUUACCCCACAGCCAUACACCUUAAGAGUCAUAUAACAUGCUAACUAUUAUCAAAACUCACGUUAGCUUGCAAGGAUGCUAACGUUAGCAUGCUAACUUUUUUAAGAUAGUUUUGCAACCGUUUACCCCACAGCCAUGAGAGUCAUAUAACAUGUUAACUAUUAUCAAAACUCACGUUAGCUUGCAAGGAUGCUAACGUUAGCAUGCUAGUUUUUUGAGAUAGUUUUGCAACCGUUUACACCAGAGUCAUAUAACUUGGUAUGUGACACUCGGUAACUGUUAGCAUGCAAACGAUAGCAUGCUAACUUUUUCAUCUUUUCUUAUUUUUUUCUAUUUCCGCAGCCAUACACCUUAGAGUCGUAUAACUUGGUGUACGAAACAUGCUAACUGUUAUCAAGCUAAGGUUAGCACGCAUGCUAAAUGUUAGCAAUUUUACUUCCGCUGGGAUUUUUGUCUGGCCGUACUUUUAAAGAUCCGAGAGUUUUAGGUGUAGCUGUACAAAAUGAGCUAGCAUGCUAACGUUUAGCACAUGUGCAAACGUUAGCACGAUAACAGUUAGGGACAAGCGGUAGGAAAUGGAUGGAUGGAUGGAAGUGUAGGUGUGCUCACUAGUUUCAAAUAUAUACAGCCAACAUCUCAGAGAUGAUUAAACAAAUAGUCGUACUUUACCCAUCCCCAUCCAUUUUCUACCGCUUGUCCCUUUCGGGGGGGGGGGGGGUGCUGGAGUCUAUCUCAGCUUUACCAUCAAUAUUAAAAAAAAAUGUUUUCCCUUUUUAUUGUGGCCUUAAACCGCCUCGUUCACGUUCUCAUGUUUAAAUUUUAAAUGAGAUGUUUUGCAUAUCCCGCAACCAAUACAUUUUUUCUAAACAACCCUUGUCAUUGAGUCAGCUGUGUAAUCACGUCAAACUUUUUUUUUAAUAAUUUAAGAAAAAAACAGCAUACUCUUUUUUUUUUUUUUUUUUUUUUUUUUUUUUUUUUUUAAGAGAUGCAAAUUAUUUGAGUAUGUCCACUUUAUGUCCUAUUUUCCUUUACAGAAGUCCAAAACUUGUAGCGCUCUAAA